CAUUGCUGGCCGUCGCUCUCGGGUUCCCAAGAGAUCCUCUCCCCUCCCAGCGCCAAUUUCGCCUCAGUCUCUCUCUCUUUUUUUCCCUUUGGAGAGUUUUCCUCGCUGGAAGAAUGGAAACAAUCUAACCAGCCUCCGCCUGCCCUCCUUCUGCCCGCUGAAAACAACACCAACACCAACAAAAAAAAGAACAAAAUCAAAGGAAACGAGCGGCCGAGUGCGACGCAAGUGGCGACGAGGGCUUCGGACUUGGGGGAAAGUCUAUUCGUUGCCUUGCCCUGCUGUUUCUUGGCAGGCAAGGAACUCCGGGCGAGCUCGGUGGUCCUUCGGAGCCGAGGCUCAUCGCCUGACGAACUUUGGGCAAGGUCGGCGCAGGCCAAACAAGGCUUGGCUCUUCAGGAUGCUCUUGAUAAGAUGCUCCAUAUUCUACCUCUUCCUUCUGCUACCAUUUAGCUCCUGGAUGCAGAAACUACCUACUAGAGAUGAAGAACUUUUUCAGAUGCAGAUCCAGGACAAAACCUUUUUUCAUGAUUCUUCAGUACUACCUGAUGGAGCAGAGAUCAGUAGUUAUCUCUUCAGAGGAACACCCAAACGGUUUUUUUUUGUGGUAGAGGAAGAUAAUACACCAUUUGCAGUUACAGUGACUCCUUGUGACACACCUUUGGAAUGGAAACUGAGUUUGCAAGACCUCCCUGAAGAGUCAAGUGGAGAAGGGUCAGGUGAACCCGAGCCACUUGAACAACAGAAUCAGCAGAUUAUUCGUGAAGAAGACACAGAGCUAUUUUCAUACAGAGGAAAUGAUGUUGAGUAUUUUGUAUCUUCUACUUCACCUUCUGGGUUAUACCAGUUAGAACUCUGGUCAACAGAAAAGGAUACAAACUUUAAAGUCUAUGCUAGUACAACUCCAGAGUCAGAUCAACCAUAUCCUGAACUACCUUAUGAUCCAAGAGUUGAUGUCACUUCUCUUGGUCGUACAACUGUCAGUUUGGCAUGGAAACCUAGCCCUACAGCUUCAGUAUUGAAACAGCCAAUACAAUAUUGUGUAGUCAUUAAUAAAGAACACAAUUUCAAAAGUCUCUGUGCUGUUGAGACUAAACAGACUGCUGAUGAUACAUUUAUGAAGGCUCCUAAACCUGGUCUGGAUUUUAGCCCUUUUGAUUUUGCCCAUUUUGGAUUUUCUUCCAACGGUAAUUCUGGGAAAGAACGCAGCUUCUUAAAACCAACACCAAAGCUUUAUUCAAAACUUUAUUCAAAGCCUAAGGUUGAUCUGGAAAAGAUAUGCAUUGGAAACAAGAAUAUAUUUACUGUAUCUGAACUGAAACCUGGUACACAGUACUAUUUUGAUAUAUUUGCUGUAAAUGUCAAUACAAAUAUGAGUACUGCCUAUGUUGGUACUUUUGCAAGAACUAAAGAAGAGGCCAAACAGAAGACAGUUGAUUUAAAAGAUGGGAAGAUUAUAGAUGUAUUUGUCAAGAGAAAAGGCACCAAAUUUUUGCGGUUUGCUCCUGUUUCGUCACAUCAAAAAGUUACAUUUUUUGUUCACUCAUGUCUCAAUGCCAUACAAAUGCAAAUUAAAAGAGAUGGAAAACUUCUGUUGUCUCAAAAUGUUGAGGGUGUCCAUCAGUUUCAACUUAGGGGAAAGCCAAAAGCCAAAUACCUCAUUCGACUGAAAGGAAAUAAGAAGGGAGCUUCCAUAUUGAAGUUUUUAGCCACAACAAGGCCCAAUAAGCAGUCAUUUCCAUCUCUUCCUGAAGAUACAAGAAUUAAAGCCUUUGAUAAACUUCGCACAUGUUCCUCAGUCACAGUGGCAUGGCUAGGUACACAAGAAAGAAACAAGUUUUGCAUCUACAAGAAAGAAGUAGAUGAUGAUUAUAAUGAGGAGAAAAAGAAAAGAGAACAAAAUCAGUGUCUGGGACCAGACUUGAGAAAAAAAUCAGAAAAAGUCCUCUGUAAGUAUUUUCACAGUCAAAACCUACAAAAAGCAGUUACCACAGAGACAAUUAAAGAUCUAAAGCCUGGCAAAUCCUAUGUUCUGGAUGUUUAUGUCAUAGGACAUGGUGGGUAUUCAGUCAAAUAUCAAAGCAAAUUAGUGAAAACAAGAAAAUUCUGUUAGGGAUCUUUUACAUAAAAAUCAGCAGAACCUUACUGGAUCAACUAACAUACAGAAUAGAAGUUGUAAACUGUAUUGGUAUUAUGUAUAGGAGAUAUUAACAUCUAUAUUUAUGUUUACAGAAAGACUGAGACUAGUGCUCUUCGUUGGUAUCUGACGGUUGCAUUAUCAUGCAUCUGGUGGUCUAUGUUUGAUGAUCAGUAAAUAAUCAAGAUAGCAGGGAAUAAUGAUGAACCUGCCCUUUUUGCUUCCAUAUUGCAUGAAGUGCUUCUAAAUUAUUUUAUCACAUCAAAGGCUGGCACAAAUCAUUCAGUAUAUAUUAGUCAUAGGCAAAGACAAGAACCAAAACUUCUAUCCAGUCUCUUUUCAUAGACUACGGUUUAUGUAACUUAUUUUACUGUCUUGUUUAAUAUGUCUAUGUUUCUAUGUUGUAAACUAUGAAAAAUCUUUUCCUGUUAAAAGCAUAGAUCUAAAUUAAAUAUUAACUGGGAUUUCCAGUUUUAUUGUUAAUAUAAAUUCCUAUCUGAAUUAAUUUUAAAUGCUUAAAAAGUGUAUGUAUUUCAUGUACAAAAUUGUAAGUCAUUAUAUUCCUGUAUAUAAAAUUAAAAUAUUAGAUUAUACAUUCGUAUUCAUAUUAAUGUUUCAUAUAUCUACAUAGCCAUAGCCAUAUACAUAAAUUUGUAUAAUUCUAAAUGUAUUUUGACCAUCUUUAAUUAGUAAUUAUCUGAACAUCAUUUAAUUGUUAGUAUAUUUCAAAUAUUUUUCGAUUUGUCAGAUCAAUCCUUUCAUUUCUAUAGAAACAAUAAGAUAAUCUACUUGUGCUUAAAAUGAAAGAAACUGAUAUGUAUGCCUUUUUCUUUUUAUUCAUGCUAAUAGCUUGGCCUAUUAUAUAGUAAGCAAAAUCCAAUGCAUAAUCAGGCUUUCUUACUUUUUACUGAUUCCUAUAUAUAUAUUUGCAUCAUCAUAAUUUUAUUUUGGAUUAUACCAUGUGACCUACAUAUUGAACACUUCAGAGAUACAAAUGAAAGAAAGGCAAAUAUGGAUUAUUAAUAAUGUUUAUUUUCUGCAUUUCCAUAGAAAUCAGAUUAAAAGUUAGAUCUUCAUCAAGCAGUUCCUUUUUUGUUUUCAUUUGUUUUCUGAAAACAAAGCAAUCAUAGCAAUUGUUGUCAAAGUAUUUUUUAAAACAGCAUAACAUUAGAAUUUACCCAGACAUUUCUAGCUUUAAAAUUUGAAGGCAGAACUGAAUGAAAUAUAUAGAAAGGUAAUAUUUUGUCUAGUGGCAGAUAAAAUCUGCAAAAGAUGCAAAGCUGAUUACAAUAAAGAAUAAUGUGGGUAUAGGUGUGAAAACACUUUUCUAGCCAAUUAGCCAAUUCCUGGCCAAUGGGCAGGACUGCCUUUGUAAUAAUACAAAAAUGAAUAUACGUGUGCAUAUACAUUGUGUGUGUGCAAGUGUGUUACACUUGUAACUUUCUAAGGAUCUAGUUUCCCUUUUUUUCAGAGAGUUUGGUAUCUCCUGCUUUUACUCUCAGAGCAGAAAGUCCAACUCAUUAUGGUACUUUAAUUAUAUAGCCACUUUUUUGGAGAUGAGCAGAAGCAAAAUGGGCAGACAAAGAAUUGGCAAGAAAUGGCAAGAAAAAUUAUACGUUUUCUUUGUGAUAUGUCCUCUUUAAUGCAGGCAGGACCAGAACUGGGAAAAGCAAAGUUUGGGCUCAGCAGAUUGCAACUAUAUCCCUAUUUCAUGGAGCUUUGGCAGUUCAUUCUAUAAAAAAAACUGUUUAACAAUAUCCAUUCACCACCCUACUCCAUGGUUUUCUGACUCUAUUUUUCUGGCAAUCAAAAUGUUGAUACGAUGGGAAGCUGUGUUAGAGAAGCACUUUGUAAAGCAUGUAAAUAAAAGCAGUUGACAUUUCCAACAACUUCCUGUCUGGUUGUGAAACCAUAGUCUGUAAUUUUGCAGCUGGAUCAUUUUUCCAAAUACACAAAUUCUCAUUUGAGUACAGUUAAACUUGUUUCUGAAAUAUUUCUGUAGAUAGCUGUAUGGUUAACAUUGUGUUUGAUUCAUUUUAUACUUCCAGAUGACUGAAGUUAGUGCAUAUUAUUCAGUCAUAUUAAAAUUAAAUAUCACAGACUUUACAGUAUAUCACAUGUUCAGAAUCUUUGUGACAUAGGUUUGGUAGGUAUCUAUGCAAGAAAGGUUGGAACAUUAUUUUAACUCCAAAUUUAAUAUAAUAAGGGAUCUGUUCAGCUCUAAAUGCAGAUUAAAAGAUCAAUGGAAGUAAAUGAGAAUAUGCAACAAUGCCUUCUAUUUCUUUCAUGUCCUUGUGGACACCUAUGUUUGGCCUGAAUCUAAGACUGGAACAAAACUAUAACAAAAAAUUAAAUGCAUAUGCCAUCUGAUGUCCAGUGACUGAAUAUUUAUGGAUGGAAUGACAUUUCUCAUAGCUUUUACAACUCUGUCAAACUUCUCAACUCUUUUGAAUAGAGACAAAAAAUGAUUUAAAAUUACACAUUCACUGUAAUAUAUAGCUUGACCUCUUAGGUAAACAAGUAACAUUUGUAAACUAGUGGGUUCACUUGGAAAUUUGAGAGUACCAUGAACCCUUAUUAAAUUAAAGGAAUUGAGAUUAUACCUAUUCACAUAAUGGUAGCUUUAGCCGCAAACCUAAUUCCAAACUAUUAAAAUGUAUGUUUUUGCCUUUUUAACCUUACACAAUGUUCUGUUUAAAAAUGUACAAAAUGUGGAAUAUAUUUUGUUUCAAAUUUGGAACAAAAUAGAUUCAUUUGAAACUUUUCAUCAAGAAGGAUUGAAUUGGCUGUGUUCUGAUGGAACAAUCCUCAAAAUAGCUUCAGUGUCUUGUUUUGACCUUGAAACAAAAUUUUCCAAAUGUACACAUUUUGUUUGGAGGCUGUAAUAUUCAAAAUGAUAAUUGUGAUUUAAAAAGUACAUUUGAAACUUGCAUUACUUAUAUAUUUAUCUGAACACUGUUCUCUCUAUUUCCCACCAGCUCCAUCUAUACAGUGGCAGCAUUCUUAACAGUUUUCCGUUAAAAUGCAAAAAGAAUUUCAUAGGGUUUUCCAAGAAAAUAUAUUAUAAACCUUAGCAUGUUAAUAUUAACAGAAGGUCCAUCUACCGGUAUGGAAAUUUAAUAAGGACAGAAAUAUGUCUUAGGAAUUAAGUUCAUUUAUGUAUGCUUUCAUUAAUUUCAUAUGUUCAUGCUGUUGUUAUUUGGGAUAAGCAAGACAAAGAGUAAAAAAUAAGUGAAGUAAAGAUUGAAAGGAAGAAAAAGAAAUAUAGCUAAAUUUAGUCUACAGCAAUACUAAUCAUUAAACUCCUCCAGAUUCUUGCGAGCCAUUGUGACUUUAAAUAUACCAAUACCAAUGUAAUGAAUUAAUACCAAUGUAAUACCAAUGUAUUCAUUACCUUUACAAAUUACAAUUUAUUCAUGGCUUAUUUUUUUCUUUAAAUAUUUGCCUCUUUUGUUUUAGUAUUAAUUCCAUAGAACCAUCACUUUCUUGGAUGGUCAAUUAUUAUUCAUAUGAACCUUCAUUUGAAUCGGUACAUUCCUAUAUUUUACUUUUUGUUAAUUGAUCUUCAGUCUCACUGCAUGACUGAAUUCUACCUCAAUGUACUUCUUUUGUACUGUAACUCAUUCAGUAUGCAUAAAUUCCUGAUUGUAUUUUUGUUCUACUGCACAGUUCUUAAAUAUCUAUUCAUAAUUAAUUAAACUUACUUUAAAAUUUCUCUCUA